AUGCAGGGAGGGAAUAUUGGAAUUGAAGAAAAUAUUAGCACCCUUUCCUCCAUUGAUCCAAACUCACCCAUUGAACUAGACGAUGCUAAUGCAAUGUCUGAGGCAGUUGAUGAUUAUUAUUCAGUGGAGGAUGUAAUUCUUCACCGGCUUCAAGAUACUAUUGCCAAGAGUGCAAUGCAGAGGCAGUAUGCUAGUGAUACAAGCAGUACAAACAAAAAUAGCAGGGAUGAAAUUGAAGUUCUGACAAAAGAGGAAACAAGUAACAGGUUUGUUAACCUGAAUGCGAUUCUUACUGCUCAAGGAACAUAG